GAAUGCCUUCGACCCAUGCGAUAGUAGGAUUUGUUGUACCUGGUUCAGUUAUCAUCUUUACUAUGUACAGAUACAUCUACCCCUUCUCUCUACUCCUAGCUGCAUCUAUAGUGUGGUGUAUUCUAGUCUGUAGUAGUAGAAUAUACUUGGGUAUGCACUCUAUAGGAGAUAUUAUCGCUGGACUGGCGCUUUCCGCCACAUUACUUCCACUCUUUGCACCACUUGCGGAUGCUGUAGACAACUAUCUUCUAACAUCUGCAUAUUCUCCGUUUGUAACAACAGGGUUGUCUAUUCUCGCAAUAGUUUUAUACCCGGGCCGGGACAGAUGGACGCCAGCAUGGGGGGACACUACACUUAUAGUGGGCGCACAUCUUGGACAACACCUAGGAAACUGGUUAAAUUUUCAGAUGGGGUUACUUGUUGCUGCAAACAUCCCUGCUCCCUAUCCUAUAUUAUGGCCAACCUGGGCAUCUUUUGGUCUAACUAUUUUCAGAGUUGUUAUCGGUGGAGUUAUUGGAGUAGCGACACGAGCAGUUUUUAAACCUCUUGCAUUCAUCAUUGCUUGCUAUAUACUCAAGGAACCUAACCUUUUAGAAAACAAGGGGGGGGGAAAGGGGGAGGGACAAAAAUAA